AUGGCUGGUCGCUCAAAGAAAAAGGGCACCUCUGGUGCAGCCAAAAACUACAUCACCCGUACCCGCGCCGUCAAGAAGCUGCAAAUCUCGCUGCCCGACUUCCGCCGCCUGUGCAUCUUCAAGGGCAUCUACCCCCGUGAGCCGCGCAACAAGAAAAAGGUCUCCAAGGGCUCCACCGCCGCCACCACCUUCUACUACACAAAGGACAUCCAGUACCUGCUCCAUGAGCCGCUGCUGGCCAAGUUCCGCGAGCACAAGGCCGUGGCAAAAAAGAUUGGCCGCGCCCUCGGCCGCGGCGAGGCUGGCGAUGCUCAACGCCUGGAGAAGAACCUCAUGCCCAAGGUCAAGCUCGACCACAUCAUCAAAGAGCGUUACCCCACGUUUGUCGACGCCCUGCGUGACCUCGACGAUGCCCUGUCCAUGCUCUUCCUCUUCGCCAAUCUACCCUCGAGCGAACACAUUCCCGCAAAAACAAUUGCUCUCUGCCAGCGCCUGACGCGCGAUCGUUCCUAUCCAUCAAGGGCAUCUACUACCAGGCCACCAUUCAAGGUCAGGACAUCCUCUGGCUACAAGAAGUAG